AUGUUGACGCAUAAGAACAAUCAAGCUGGACGGAAGAAAAUGCAGGUUUCUUUCGUCAUACGAGACGCGGAGGAGAAGAGGCACCGGAAUGGCGUAAAUGCGCUGCAGCUGGACAGUAUCAACGGGCGGCUUUAUUCGGCAGGCCGGGACGCUAUCAUACGGCUAUGGAACUCGACACAACCCAACUCGCACGAGCCGUACAUCCAAAGCAUGGAACACCACAAUGACUGGGUGAACGACAUCGUUUUAUGUUGUGGUGGACGCAAUUUGAUAAGCGCAAGUUGUGAUACAACCGUGAAGGUUUGGAAUGCACACAAAGGCUUUUGUAUGUCGACAUUGCGUACGCACCGAGAUUAUGUUCAAGCGCUAGCCUACGCCAAGGACAGGGAGCAGGUCGCAAGCGCUGGAUUAGACAAAGCAAUCUUUCUAUGGGACGUAAACACCCUAACAGCGUUAACAGCUUCAAACAACACAGUAACAACCUCUAGCAUAUCGGGAUCGAAGGAUUCUAUCUACAGUCUAGCGAUGAACCCAUCCGGAACAAUCAUUGUAAGUGGGUCGACGGAAAAUACGCUCCGAAUCUGGGAUCCACGGACCUGCAAUAAGAUAGCGAAGCUCAAAGGCCACACAGAGAAUGUGAAAGCACUAGUCGUAUCGGAAGACGGCACGCAAGUCGUCUCGGGUAGUUCUGAUGGAAAAAUUAAACUCUGGAGCAUCGGCCAGCAGCGGUGCAUUCAGACGAUAAGCGUCCACUCGGAGGGCGUUUGGUGCUUGCUGAUGACCGACGGCUUUUCGCACGUCAUUUCUGGAAGCAGAGACCGUAAAAUCAUCAUGACGGAACUCCGAAACCCGGCUAAUAGCGUACUCAUCUGUGAGGAGCAAGCGCCUGUUCUAAGCAUGUGUUAUAACAUUGACCAAACUGGCAUCUGGGCGACGACGUGGAACUCGGACAUACGCUGUUGGAAACUCCACAAAACGGACAAGCUCUGCACGACGGCAAGUACGGGGAGCUCAACGGCUGCGAACACGGUGAAAGGAUACGAAGUGGCAUGUAUUAAAGGUGGAGCUGCCAUCAAGAAAUUCCAUGUGCUAAACGACAAACGGUUCAUGCUAACACGGGAUACGGACGAUAACGUGCACAUCUACGACGUGUUGAAGGUAAAAAAAGUUGAAGACCUGGGCAAAGUGGACUUUGACGAGGAAAUCAAAAAACGUAGCCAACGAAUUUAUGUGCCGAACUGGUUCAUGGUGGAUUUAAAAACCGGGAUGCCAAUGAUCGUACUAGGACAAGAUGAGGUCGAUUGCUUCGCGGCAUGGGUGUCGGCGGAAGCUGGUCUAGCGGAACACGCCGAACCUGGCUCGGAUCCAAAGGUGAACUAUGGCAGCUUAUUGCUGCAGGCGCUGCUCGAGCGCUGGAGACCUGCGCCACCUCACCAUCAUCUGCAGGGUGGCGCUGUGGAGUUAGAGAACGGGUGCGACGGUGACAUUCGGGGAAAUGAGUAUUUCAGCGUACCGAAGCACACGCCAAUUAUUUUUAGCGAAGUUGGCGGAAGGAACGUCUGCCGGAUGCUUGUGAAGGACGCGGUGGGAGAGACGGAAAGCGCACUGUUGAACGAUGCCGUCCCGUCUUGGGUAACGAAUGUAGUGAUAGAUAGAACGCUACCCAAGUUCAUCAAGCUUCCGUUUUAUCUAUUGGCGCAUCCAUCGAUGCUGAAACAGGAUCGCAAUAAAAAGGAACGACUGAUUGCGAACGAGUUCAUCCAAUGCCGGAAGGUGUGCGAGCACGUAUUGGAGAAGGUGUUGGGAUCGGAUUUGCCGGCGGCCGGAAGCACCGGUAACUCGAAUUCCUCCCAAAACAACAGCCAAAGUGAUGGUAACUCCGAGAGCAGCCAGAUACCGGCCGAGGAACGGAUCGAGCUGUUAUGUAACGAUGUGCUUUGUGAUCCCAAUAUGGACCUUCGCACGGUGAGGCAUUUUAUUUGGAAGCAAUCGUCUGAUUUAACGUUCCACUACCGAACAAAAUUCAACUAUACCCAGUAAGUGCAGUAAACUGGUUGCUGGAGCAUGGUCAUGCAUGGUGGAGGCAAAAUUCAACUUUCCAACGUUCUUGCCAUGAAAUGGAGGCUUGUACAAAAGAUAGCAAAGAUGCGUAUUAAUCCUCAUGUAGUAGCACCGAAAACAAG